AUUCGUCGCGCCGAUGAUGGUGCCGCCAUCGACUGUAUCGGAAAGCAGGCCAACCAGAUGGUCGCGUCAUCCGAGCAGCCGUCGCAGUCCGUGCGCACGUCGAACGACAACCUGCCCAAGCGCGUCGAGACCCGAAUGACGAAAACGGAGGCACGGGUGUCGGUCCACGACGCGAGGAUCGCCAAGCUGGAGGAGCAGAUGCAACAUUUGCAGCAG